AUGCCUCCAGCAGCGAAAUUGGCACGACAGUUGUAUCAAGAGCGUAUUCGCGAGUUGAAAUCCAUGGUGUCAUCAACCGAACAAAAAUUUCGGGCGAUCGUCACUGAAAUUGAGGAUAUACGCUCUGGAAAGUUGGACGCACAGCUUUCCGGGAUGCUGAGGGAAGAACAAAAGAAGAAGGAAAUGUCCGAUCAGCGAGAGAAGGCUUUGGAAAAAGGAGAACCUGAAGAGGAAACAUUCGAGAACAUCGGUAUUGAGGCCACCGCCUCUUUGUCGGAACAAUCCGGCGUACAAAAAUUUUCGGAUGAGAAGAUGAAUAUCAAUGAACCGAGCGAAGAUGAUGAAAAGAUGGUUAUGGAGGGUAACGACACGAUGCCUCUCACGACACAUGAAGGGAAGAUCACGAGCGAUCGCGAAGUUACAGGAGGUCACACGGAUACCGGCGAGAAGUCUCGGGCAUCGGGCAAAUUCGCACACAACGAUUCAUCGAACGAAGUCUUGAUUAAGGCCAACGUUGAAGCGGAUCGACCACGAACUCCAGGACGCGAUAGCGCCGAGGAUGUGGCUCUUGCUCUAUCACCGCCAACGCCGCUUGACGUGGAAAAUAAUGAACCGAGAGAGGUUGUCGAGGAUCUCGUUUCAUCGAAGACUCCACCACGGAGCCCUGAGGUCAUCAUGGAAGUGAACACCCCCAUGAACGCGCACCUUUCGGCAGACGAGAAUAUGGACGCAAUGAUGGAGAUCGAUGAAUCUCUUGAAGGACAAGUUGAAGAUCUUGAAUCAGCCAAAAAUGAUCAGAUCAAGGAGAGUAAUUCGGACUCUCGAACCAUCACUCCGGCUCUAAGUCCGCAGAGCUCACAGCAUAGCACUGGUAAAUUGGCGAUCUCACCGAAAGAACUGUCGUCUGAAGAAAAUGAAGAGAUCAUGAUUCCUCCAGAGUCAGAUAAGGAAGAAACGGAAUCGGUUGAAAGUUUCAUUGCCAUUGAACCAGAUGUCGCCGAGGUUAUUGACAACGCGCAUGUUUCGGAAGCCGAAGCGACGGAGAUCACACCAAAUCAACUCGCGGACACGAUAAGCUCACCGGACAACGAUGAGGAAGUGGAGGAAGUAGGAUCUCCCAUGGACGAAGAAUUGGAGUCUGGUUACGCGCUACCUGCCUUGAAUUUAGAAAAAAUAAAGAAGGAACUUAUCAAUGACGCACGAAUGAUGGAAGCGCGUCAUAAGGAAGAUGUGAAUGCAUCGGUGAAAGGGGAUUCACCAACCAUAAAGACCGAAUUCAAGGAACCGCUGACUCUCGUAGAUGUGACGACGAAUACGACGGGACCACCAUCGACUCCCGAUGAAAGCAGUUCGCUCGAUGACAAGAAGCAGAAGACGUGGAUGAAGCUGGUCGCCAUGAUCCUGCAAGAAAUUUCAAAUCAUCGCUACGCCAGUGUUUUUCAAAAUCCAAUCAGGGAACAAGAUGCACCUGGCUAUUAUGAAAUCGUUAGACAAUCAAUGGAUCUGAAAACGUUGAAGAGACGUCUUCGCGACGGCGUUGUACAUGACACCGACCAAUUUCAUCGCGAUCUCAUGUUAAUGUUCAUGAAUGCAUCCGUGUUCAACGGAAAGGAGACGGAUAUUCACCAGAUGGCGACGGAGAUGAAAGAUUUCGUCGAGAACCUGAUCAACGACUUCAGAAGGAGCGAGAGCUCUGGAAUCUCCGGAGGGGUUCACGAGCCGGCGACAAGAAGAAAGAGCAUGGCCUUAGAGGUGAAAGAAGCAAUUUGUACACCCAAAGAUGAUCGACGAAAUGAUGCGAUCGACUUCCAAAAGGCGAAAGAGGAGUUCGGUAUCGAUCAAAUGAUGAGCACGGGGUAUCAUUUUCCUUGA